UACGGCAAGUCGGAGGCAAUAAGAUGGCGGCUGCUGAGGAAGGUUGCGGUGUUGGGGUCGAAGCGGACCGGGAACUGGAGGAGCUUCUGGAAAGUGCUCUUGAUGAUUUCGAUAAAGCCAAACCCUCCCCAGCACCCCCUCCUACCAUCUCGGCCCCCGAUGCUUCAGGGUCCCAGAAGAGAUCGCCAGGAGAUACUGCCAAAGAUGCUCUCUUCGCCUCCCAAGAGAAAUUUUUCCAGGAACUGUUUGACAGUGAGCUGGCUUCCCAAGCUACUGCAGAGUUUGAGAAGGCAAUGAAGGAGCUGGCUGAGGAAGAGCCCCACCUGGUGGAGCAGUUCCAGAAGCUCUCAGAGGCAGCUGGGAGAGUGGGCAGUGAUGCAAGUUCUCAACAAGAAUUUACUUCUUGCCUAAAGGAGACAUUAAGUGGGCUAGCCAAAAAUGCCACAGACCUCCAGAACUCAGGCAUGUCUGAAGAGGAACUGAUGAAGGCCAUGGAAGGGCUGGGCAUGGAUGACGGAGACGGGGAAGGAAGCAUUCUCCCCAUCAUGCAGAGCAUCAUGCAGAACCUCCUGUCUAAGGAUGUACUCUACCCAUCCCUGAAGGAGAUCACAGAAAAGUAUCCAGAAUGGCUGCAGAGUCACCAGGAAUCCAUCCCCCCAGAGCAGUUUGAGAAGUACCGGCAGCAGCACUGUGUCAUGGGCAAAAUCUGUGAGCAGUUUGAGGCAGAGACCCCCACGGACAGCGAGGCUACUCAGAGGGCCCGCUUUGAGGCGAUGCUGGAUCUGAUGCAACAGUUACAGGCCUUGGGCCAUCCUCCAAAGGAGCUGGCCGGCGAGAUGCCUCCUGGCCUCAACUUUGACCUGGAUGCCCUCAAUCUAUCGGGCCCACCAGGUGCUAAUGGCGAACAGUGUCUGAUCAUGUGAAAUACAUCACGGUUUCCUCCCUGAGUUCCAGCCAUAGGGAACAUCUGGAGUCAACAGAGUCACUGGGAACUGAGGCAGGAGUGUCACCUGUGGGAGCUGGCUGCCCUACGCUCUCUACAUCCCAUUCAAGACCGUGCCAUACCAGCUGUUCUGUAGGGCCUUUUCUAUGAGUCCUACUCCAUCAUGGUUUCUGCUAUUAGAAACAGGCCAACUAUCUGCCAGGUGAAGGAAGGCGGCAUCCCUUGUGGGGCACUUCACUUCUUCCCACUCCCAAAAUAAUGUUAGGUAUGGUGGUACUCAUGUUCCCCCUUGAGUCCCAGGGACUUCGUGCCUUGUUUCUACUCUCUUUCUUGUGUCUGGGGAGCAGGAGCUAAGUCCUAAGGCUCUGUGCUUCUAUUAGGCAGGGCCUCUGAGAACGAGGAGAAACGUAGCCUGGGCUAGGGCUGUAGGCUUGUCACCACAUCUCCUUGCCUUCCUUUGGAAUUCUCUGAAGGGAAAGGAGUUUUGCACUUAGCCGUGGUCAGGUCGAAAGCAAAGCCUUGGGCUUUUCCUGUCCCUAGGUGCUGCGCCCUAAUCCCCUUUUCCUCCUGAGAACUCAAGUUGCUACCCUGGUUCUUUCUACAGCUCCGUGAUUUAGGGGAACCCGGCUCUUGACCUUCCUUUGCGCCCCCCCCCCGACUAUCCUUACCCCCUUCGUUUUAGAGUCUUAUUUAUUCUGCCCUUUUAACCAGUGCUGUGAUGGAUGAAGGCCAAUCUUGUUUCCUUUUGUCUAGAACCAGGACCAUUGUCACUAGACCCUUCCCUUCCUCCCUGGCCAACACAUACUUGUAGUGUCCGAUCUGGUACAUGAGUGGCCAUUCUUCCCAGAUACAUUUUGGCUUAUUUAAGACAUCAGAUUCCCUAGACUCCUUGGUUGAGGAAGGUGCUUGGGGAAGGGGUGUGGCCAGAAUCUUUUUUUUUUCCUGCCAGCCCUAUGGGGCAGUAUCUAAUAAAUAUUCUGAGCAAGUGUGUGGGUUAUUUUUCAUCCAGGUCUAUUUCGAAUCUUCCCUAGUUUCUUCUGUAAGCUGCAGAGUGAAGCGUGUUAGGAGGUAGACAGUUCUGUAUGCUGCUGUUAGGCUCUGCCACGACGCAGCCUGCCAGCUCAGGUUGCACUUCCUUCGGCAAAAGAAGCCUCUCUUCGUCUCCUUGGUACUUCAGUCUUAACUUUUUACAUUAGAGUUGAUGUUAAUGAGAAGUCGUUAACAUGUUUUCUAAGUCACCUAACUUUGAAUUGACCUGUUUUUUCACAGUGGGUCUAAGCACCAUGGUUGCCAUAUAUUUUAUAGAUAUUCUUUUUAGGCCACCUAGAUAUCCUGGUUCACUUGGAAAAUAAUGUUUUAAAAAUAUAUUUUUUAUUUAUUCUUUGGACUUUUAAUACAUGUAUACAAUGUAUUCUGGUCAUAUCCACCCCCCCUGGAAAAUAACUUUGGCAAGAACAAAUUCACAUUUGUCAUCUGAGUCACUUUGAGUUUGUAACACAUCAUUUCCCCUGGGUUCAAACCACAUUUAAGGAUGCCACAUGUGCUAGGGAAGGAAAUGUGCUCGAGGCCACAGGCUGGGAACUAGCCAGCCAGCACAGCUCAUAAAACAGAAGACUCCCGGUCUGCAUUGACACUCCUCCAUACUCUGAGAAAGGGAAAACGUACCAGCUGAUUUGUGGUGAUGAAUGGGGCCUGAAUCGCCAGUAUUAUAUUGAUGAUCCUGACAAAAGCUUGACAGGAACAGGUGAGACAGGAAUGGGAAUGACCUGCCCUUGGCACUGCGCUCAGGGCCUUGCUGGCCGUCCUUCUCAUUUCUGCUGAUGAUGCUGUAGUUGACUGUGGCUUUAUUUUCAGGACUUUUUUUUUCCUCCAUUUUAAUUUGGUUGAACACGAGCAAGUCGACCUUGCGUUGGGCUCUUUUCCUAAAAACCAUUUGAAUUACUCUGAGACUUAGAGCUGAAUAAAACCUGGUGCCCUAGGACAGUCCCCAUCAAGUUAUGUGUGGUAAAGGACCAGAAUUUUCCUCUUUAAACAUCUAGUCCCUCUGCAUCAAUAUAUGGAUCUGUUGCCCAUGACUGGUAUGUAAUUGAGACUAUAUACGACCUAUAUGCAAAUUUGAAAACACCUAAACUGUCUAAACUCUGUUACAGGUUAAGCCCACUGAUCACAUAAUUGAACUUCACAACAAUAUCAAAGACAGUGUAUUUCUGAUUCUUAAUGUCACAAGUUGAUACAGUGAUUAAAACCAAACACCUUCAUG